CGUGCCAGGGCCGCCGGGGCUUCGCUCUGAAGGGGGCGGAGCCAGGGGGCCCUCGAACUGGCCAAUCAGAUGGCGGGGCCGCGCAGAAGGCUCCUCCCCCCUCCACCCACCCCAGCUCCCGGGCUCCUCGCUGCACGCGUCUGUGUUUGGGAUGAUGGCCUCAAGAAUUUGCUGGAGACGGGAGCGUCAGUCAACGCACCCCCGGAUCCCCAGGAGCAGUCGCCUGUUCACCUAGCUGCAGGUGGCGGCCUUGCUUGUUUUCUUCUCUGGCAGCUGCAAACAGGCGCUGACCUCAACCAACAGGAUGUUUUGGGAGAAACGCCACUCCACAAGGCAGCGAAAGUUGGAAGCCUGGAAUGCCUUAGCCUCCUCGUGGCCAGUGAUGCCCAGAUUGGCUUAUGUAAUAAGAAUGGGCAAACAGCUGAAGAUCUUGCUUGGUCCUGUGGAUUUCCAGAAUGUGCCAGGUUUCUAACAACGAUUAAAUGUACGCAGACAACAAAAUCAUCGGGUGAUCCCUGUGCUCCAGUACUCAGGCAGAAGCGAAGCUUAACAGGUGUGGAGAACAGAGCUUUGAAGAGGAAGUGUUGAUAUCUUGUUGGGCAAGAAGAGGUUUGAAGAAGGGCUUCACUUCAGACUGAUCUACAAGCCAUGGCUGUGGCUUACCAUACGGAUAAACUCCUGAGGAGGAAAACUUUCUUCUAAGUGAAGAGAACAUUCAUGAAUACAUGUAUUUACAUGACUGUAUUUUGCCUGUGCAUGCUUUGUUAUUUAACUUGUUAAAAGAAUAUUCAAGGAAUAAAAAUUUCUGUGGAUUCUUUA